UAACAUAUCAUAUGUAAGCAACUGAUACUUUUUCUCUGUUCGAAGGAUUAUGAGGAGGAUUUUGAGGAGAUGGAUCCGAGUGAAAAUGAAGGCGAGGAUGAGAAGGAGUCAGAGGAGUUUCCACAAGAGGGAGGAGAAAGAGAGGAAGUUACAACACAAAAGAAAAAAGAGAUUGAAGCAAUUCAGAGAGCAAUGAAUGAAGAGAAUGAGAGAGUUGGAACAGAUCAGUCCAUACAAAGUACGAGGAGAGAGGAGGAAGACGAACCGAAAUUGUCCAGAGGACACGAAAAGAACCACAGUCGAGCUUCUCAACGCGGGAAGUUUAUUGACUUUGUGGCAGCAAAACAGCGCGAAUUCAGCAAGAAGGUUGCCACAAAACAAAAGAAACGCAGCACAGAGCUGCUCAGAUUAAUUGAUCUGGAUUUCUCGAUGACAGUUUCCCUUUUGGAUCUCCCACCUGUCAAUGAAUAUGACAUGUAUAUUAGAACCUUUGGAACCGCAAAUACCAAACAGGCUUAUGUUCAGUGUAACGAGGACAACGCAGAUCGAGACAUUCAGACAGAGGAGAUAGAGGUGUGUGAGAAGUGGACACAGCAUCCUCCAGAGCACAGUGGAGCCUGUGGAGAUUCAAACCUCUCUCAGGAAGCUCAGGGAAGAAACAUGAAUGAAACGAACUUUGAUUCCCAGCGUCUGGCAGCAUUUCUGCGCUCAGCCUCACAGGUCCUGGUCGUCCUGUUGGAGGAGGAUCAAGCUGAGAGAAAAUCCCUGAGCAAGUUGAGGACUCAAAAAGACACACUGUCAUUCAGCGAUGGAAGUUUACAGCUCAACACCAAGUUGCCUUUUCUUUACGAUCGCCACAUAAGCCUGGUGUACUUCUCUCAAGUUCAGAGGCACACCAUGAUGUCCGUCCACGCACCUACAACCAAACCCAGUGCUGUGCGCCUUGACAGCUGCACCAUCAUCUGCAUCUGGAACAUCUGGGAACCAUCCAGGCCUCAGAAGAUCCUUGUCUAUGAAUCUGAGGUGCAGUGUUGCUGUUUCAGCCCUGGAAAGGCCAUAUUGGUGUUUGCAGGCACAUCAGCUGGCUCUGUGGUGUUGUGGGACCUGAGGGAGGAGACCAGUAACCACUACCGCCUGAAUAUAGGGGAGGAGGAGUGGACCUUCAGACAACCUACCUUCUCCACCAACGCAGUGAUGGCCGCCUCGGGUCAUUUCUCGUCUGUGUCGUCCGUAGAAGUUGUCCCCUCCACCGCAGCAGGGGGGCUGAGGCCAGAGGUCCCCCUGCUGGCUUCUGAGGAAGAGUCAUCAGGAUUGUCUUUCCAGCUGGCUUCUCUGGAUGAAAGUGGGGUUUUAAAUUUCUGGGUGGUAGUGGAGCUUCCAAAAGCCAACGAGGCCGGCUCUCCAACAGAUCUAGGGCUCAGGCCUGGGGGCAAAGUGAAGUUGCUUCACAGCUCCUCCCUGCUCACUGCUGAGAGGGUGUCACAGAGAGAUGCAGUGAAAACAGGCCCAUUACAGACUCUUCAUCUGAAGUUUCUUCCGUCUGACUCAAAUCAUUUCUUUAUUGGCACCAAUAUGGGUCUUGUCAAUCAUGGAACGAGUCACAGUUUGAAGGCUACUCCAAAGUUUUACAGGUUUCAGGAGGCUGGAGUUCGACCUGUUGAUGUCAACUCAAUCCACUUUUCUCCCUUCAGGCAAACCAUGUUCCUGGUGGGUUGUGGGGACGGCAGCAUCAGGCUGCACACAGUCAGCCAGGAGCAGCCUGUGGCAGAGUGGAGGGACAGUACAGCGGGGGAACCGGUGGUCUCGCUGCAGUGGGCCCACACCAGGCCGACGGUCUUCUGUGUGCUCGAUGCAGCUUCUAACCUCCAUAUAUGGGACCUGCUGAAAAAGGACACAGAGCCUGUGGUCACAGAGAGAAUUUCUGCGGACAGGGUGACAGCCAUGGCCGUGUUCGGGGACUCAGGAAAACAAAACACGUAUUCAGGAAUAGCCCUGGUGCAUGAAUCAGGGAAAAUAGAAAUGCAGUAUUUCACAAGAGAUUUUACCGUGACCAUCCCUGCGGAAGAGGAGAAGCUGGAGACAAUGAUGACGGAAGCCUUCCGAAGCAUCUAAAGUGGCAGCGUUUAGAUGAUUACUUCAUUUUUGAAUUCCUGAAGAGCAUAAAGAUAAAGUUAUGAGUCAUAAUUCAGUUUGAUGUGUGUUAGCAAUGAGAGGAUUGUGGCUAAAUACCAAAGAUCCUCCACAAUUCAGUUCAUAUCCUCCAUAAAAAACAUGAUAGUAAAUAUAUAAUGUAGAUGUCUGUUGAUGUACAUAUUUAUAUUUUCUAACUAAAAUGUAUUUGUA